UGAUGCCUGUAGUCCUGGACGUGUAUGAAUUUGCACCAAUUUGCCUAUAAAUACACCAUCUUAGUUUGGCCAAUAUUCCUACCAAAUCCAUCCCUUGAUCACUUCUCCACGCAACUCUCUCUUUCUCUCAGCCUUCUGCAAUGGCCAACAACGUCACCGGUGCUCAGGUGUCGAGGUACGUCGGCGCCAAACUCACCCGCCACGACUUCCCGGCGGACUUCGUCUUUGGCGGCGCCACCGCCACUUACCAGGUGGAAGGUGCUUAUGCACAGGAUGGUAGAUCGUUAAGUAAUUGGGAUGUUUUUGCCUUACAGAGGCCUGGUAAAAUUCUCGAUGGUUCCAAUGGUUGUGUUGCGAUUGAUCAUUACAAUAGAUUCAAGGAAGAUGUGAGGUUGAUGAAAAAGCUGGGCUUAGACGCUUACAGAUUUUCUCUCUCAUGGUCUAGAAUAUUGCCUGGUGGAAGAUUGAGCGGUGGUAUCAACAGAGAAGGCAUAAAAUUCUAUAAUGAUCUAAUUGACUUCUUGUUGUCUCAAGGAAUUGAGCCUUUCGUAACCAUCUUCCAUUUUGAUGUUCCCCAAUGCUUGGAAGAGGAGUACGGUGGCUUUUUAAGCCCUAGGAUUGUGCAAGAUUUUGCUGAAUAUGCAGAAUUGUGCUUCUUUGAAUUUGGUGAUCGAGUAAAAUUUUGGAUAACUCAAAAUGAGCCAGUUACAUUCACCAAAAACGGAUACGUUCUUGGAUCCUUCCCACCUGGUCAUGGUUCAACUUCAGCACAUCCUGGUGAAAAUAAUGCUCUAGGACAUAGAUGUGCUCGUGGAGUAGACAAUACUUGUUAUGGCGGAGAUGCAGGAACUGAACCAUAUAUUGUGGCACAUUAUUUAAUUAUUGCCCAUGCUGUAGCUGUUGAUAUAUACAGAAAAAACUAUCAGGCCGUUCAAGGUGGAAAGAUUGGGGUUACUAAUAUGUCAGGAUGGUUUGAUCCUUAUAGUAAUACUCAAGCUGAUAUCGACGCUGCCUCAAGAGCUGUCGAUUUUAUGUGGGGAUGGUUUGUAGCACCAAUAGUAACCGGUGACUAUCCUCCGGUUAUGAGGGAACGAGUAGGAAAUCGACUACCUAAAUUUACACCAGAACAAACGAGAUUGGUAAAAGGAUCCUUCGACUUUAUAGGAAUGAAUUAUUACACUACUUAUUGGGCAGCAUAUAAACCCACCCCACCCGGUACACCACCGACUUAUGCUUCGGACCAAGAAGUUGAAUUCUUUAUGGAGCGAGAUGGCAUUCCCAUUGGCGAACAGGCUGCCUCCGAAUGGUUGUACAUUGUGCCAUAUGGAAUCCGAGAGCUGCUUCUUCACACAAAGAAUGUGUAUAAUGAUCCUAUCAUUUACAUCACGGAGAAUGGGGUGAACGAAAAGAAUGACAGGAGCGUUACAAUUGCCGCAGCUUUAAAGGAUGAUGUUAGAAUCAAAUUCCAUCAAGACCAUUUGGUCAGCUCAAAGGAAGCCAUGGACUUGGGAGUGAAGCUCAAGGGCUAUUUCGCAUGGUCAUUGUUUGAUAAUUAUGAAUGGGCAGAAGGAUACACGGUUCGAUUUGGAAUGUACUACGUGGACUUUGUCAAUGGUUGCACCAGAUACCCCAAGCAGUCAGCUAUAUGGUAUAUGAACUUCCUGAAUAAAAGCAUCCUUCCACGUCCCAAGAGACAAGUUGAACUAAUUGAAGACGACCAAGCAGCAACGAAAAGAUCAAAAAAGGGUCGUUAACCGUUAACGAAUAGGUCAAGAGUAGAAGAGAUGCUUCAUCGUCGUUCAUGCCCUUUUCUUGAAUAAGAUACAUGGUUUUCUGUUUGAGUUCUUAUAUGGGAACUUAGUGACAAACUUAAGUUGUGUUCAAAUAAGCGCUUGAAGCGCCUGUUGUAGUUGUAACGUUUGCUUUCUAUCUAGUAAAUUAAGGUUUUCGGCUCUAUUUCGGUUCUCCUUAUGUAAUGAAACUCUCAACUAUGAAAUCCAAUAGUACUUCUUGUCA